CGCUAUCGUAAAGAGCUGUCAAAGAAGAACAACAAAAAGGGAAAGGGUAGGAAAGGGAACGAUCCUUAAAAAGGGUGAAUGUGUCAGUGUCAGUGUCAGUGGCAAUCAGUGACUGGUGUCAGCAGUUCCUCAGUGCCUAGAUUUGUCAUUAGGUAUAAGUUUUGAAUUGUCGGUGCCAAUUCUAAAUUCUACCUUUCUGCAAACUCUAUCUCAGUGCUUCCCGACAAUUAAGAGGUAUUAUUGGAAUUGAGCAAGUCGUGGAGCAUUUCACGUCGUUUCGCCAUUUAAUGAAUAGCAAUAACGUUCUGUACAAUCAGGCUUUAUCCACAUACCAUCAGUAUUUUGCGCUUAGCGAUGUCGGUGAUCAGAUGAGACAUCAUCUGUUCGAACCGCUAUCAUCGAACGGUGUCACCUGCUUACUCUGCCAAAAUCCCGUCGUCUUUAAGGAGAUCAAAAACCACAAUUGUCCCCAGGAAGCAGCAGAAUCCACUUCGAGUGAGGAUAGCCAGAUUGCGGACGUCGCAGAACUAUUGAAGAUGAAUGCUAUGAUCAUGGAUUACUCGCCGAAGCAGAAGCUGUGCUUGUGUUGCGAGACUAUACUGAACAACGAAAAGAAUGUCGUCGAACAUGUGAUGUCGAAGAAGCACAAGAAUGCAGCGGUAUGCAAGAAGGAUAUAGUUCAAGUGUACCUGGAUUUCUGGGGAAGCGAGAAACGGAAGGAGCAGAAAUAUUAUCUUCCUUACGACCUGAAUAAGUUCAGAUGCAUGGAAUGCAGACACUCGGUGAAUCUGUCCGCGAUCGUUCCUCACGCUGCCGAAUGUAUCCCAACGUUGAGCGAAGCAGAGCCUACGAUGUACAAGGAUUCGGUGAAGAACGCCCUGUAUCCGACGUCGAAGACGUUCAAGGAGUGCGUCUUCCAGAAACGCAAUAAACUAUUAUUUUGCCUGUACUGCUGCGCUACGCUGCAAGGCUCCACGGAGGACCACUGCAAGGUUCCUUCUCAUCUGAAGAACAUAAACAAUUCGAACAAAAUAAAAAUGGUCGAAGCGUACCACAAUUAUUGGAAGCACAAGAGCGAGGAGAUGCAGCUUUCGCAGAUAUGCUUCAGCCCGAGCAACUCGAGGACCGUCGAGUGCAACUGGUGCGAGCGUUUCUUCACGUUCCAAGAGUUGAAGGGUCACAAUUGCUUGAACCUGAAGAUCGGCGAUUUCAAACUGCUCACCGGUCAAUUGUCCUAUUGCAGCGAAGUUAUGGAGACGGUCUAUCCGCAUGACAACUUCGAGGUGCAAGUAUCCAACAAGAAAUACCUGUGUCUUUUUUGCAACGUGGACGCAACCGGAACGCUAGACUGGCAUCUUGCUGGGAAAUCUCAUAGGAAAAAGAUUCGCAAUAAGGAACGCGUCCAAGCGGUGGUGCGAUACCAUCGAUUCUGGAUGUCCAAAGGGAACGAGCUUCAAAUGAAUCAAUUGAAGUACAGACCUUUCAAUCAUCAGUGCAUGGAAUGCGUGCAAUGUAAUUUGGUGCAUGGUUGGGACGUCCUGAUGAAACACAAAUGCGAUGUACCGUCACAAACGGUGAAGAAGAUGCGUUACGGUGCAGAUAUCAUGAGAACCGUUUAUCAUCACAUGACGAUGUGCGACGCUAUGGAUACUUUCGUCGUGCAACGAAUCGACGCCAAUCUGUACAACUGUCUCCACUGCCGCAUGACUUUUUCGGAGAGCGUCAGCGAACACUGCAAAUCGGUGAGGCACAAAGCCAAAGCCAAACUGAACCUCUGGAUGAGUGCCCUUAACGCGUACCAUUCCUACUGGCUGAACAGCAAAACGCCGAUGGAUCAGAUCUAUUACACAACGCACAGUCACGUCAACAUGCGGUGCUUGCGUUGCGAGGAUGUUGUCUUCUUCAACGACGUGCUGCCUCAUGAAUGUUCGCCGACGCAGAGCGCGAAGACUCAAAACAAGACCGUUUACUGUUACGAGGUUCUGUUCAGCAUCUAUUCGCACCUGGAGUCUGAACGUAUGGAGGAUCUGUUCAUACAGAAGAUCGACGACAAAACGUACCACUGCUUGCACUGUGCCAUCCAAAUUCGACGCAAUUGGGAUAAGCACGCGAAGACGCACGCACAUUCCGGCAGAAUCGACUCGAACGAUGAGUUCAUCUCGAAGUCGGUGUCGCGCUACCACAAGUUCUGGGUGUCUGGGAGCAGUCCGGCUGUGCAGCUGAUGCAGACCAAGUAUUUCCCGUACGAUAUGGAGAAUGGAACGUGCGUCUGGUGCGAUUCUAUCCUGCCGUACAACGAAACGAUGAUCAAGCACAAAUGCGUAGAAAGCAGCGACAGCAGCGGAAGCAAUAGCAGCGAUGACGAAGACGAAGAAGAUGCGGAGGUAUUGACAAUGUUGGAGCGAAAGGAUGAAGUUCUACUUCAGAGAUACAAAGGACCGAGCAAGUUGCACAAUCUAGUCAGAUCGGUAUUGUAUCCGCAUAAUUUGUGCCAAUUGGUAUCGAAUUCACAUCUGAAACUGCACUUUCCCAUCUUCCAUAAUCGCAUAAUGAAGAUACGCUGCUUGCUGUGCACGAAGGAUAUUGAUAAAACCGAGAAAGACGUGAUCAAUCACCUGAAGAAUUAUCACGGACAGUUCACUAGUCGUCUCUUCACUCAGGCGAUACACGUGAUCGCCUAUCAUAAACAUUUUGAAAAACAGCCCAUCGACAAACAUUAUCUGCAAUCGUAUUUUAUGCCAGCUGGAACGAGGACCGCGAACUGUCUCAGAUUGCACAACGUCGAAUACAGCAAGUUGGAACAUCACUACGUCAAGUGUGCGAAACGCAGUGAUAAGACUCUGGAGGGCAGCAUGAAGAAGUUCACCAAUCCGAACCUGAUACAGGGAGCGGGUAAAGUUUUCCACGAGAUGGUCAUCGUUCCCAAAGGUCGAUUCCCCGUGCGACUGCAAUACCAAUCCGAGUUCUUUCGCAUGGAAGCGGAGCCGUCGAAGAAGGUGUACUGCAAGUACUGCGAAAUCGAUCUAGAGAGCUUCUCGGAUGCGCUCCUCCAUCUCGCCGAAGAAAAACACUCGGUGCUGCUGAAGUCCAAGGAGAAGUACAUGUACGUGUGCGACAUGUGCUGCUAUAAGACGCACAGGGAGAUCGACUGGCAGAAGCAUUUCUCUUCUACCGGACAUCAAAACAUGUACAAGAGCAUUGGUGAGAUAAGACAGACGACGUUGCACGAGUUCGAAUGCAAAAUAUGCGCUUACGUGCUGUACGGUGACGAGUUGUCCGUGUUCGACCACAAAGAGGGACUCGCCGCUCUGAAGCCGAACAAGAAGAUAAAGAAUCGCGAGCAGAGCGAUAAGAAGUUGCGCAAGAUAUUCGGGAACGAAGAAUCGACGGAGCUGUUUCUGGAGGAGAGACAGGUGGAGUGCGAACUCGUCGGCUCUCCGGCUGUGCAGCUCUGUUUGCAAGAUAUCAAGGAGCAGCUGAAGACGAAGUAUCCCCACUGCAAGGUCUUCCCGUUCGGAUCUAGGGCCAUCGAGAUUGGAGACUCGAACAGCGAUCUCGACGUGUUCGCCGAUCUGAAAAGCAAUUACUUCGGUGGCGCUCAAGUCAACAGCAGAGCAUAAUCCGGGAGAUGACGA